AUGCUAGGAAGACAUUUUCCUGCAGAAUCCAGAGAGGAGCAACAACUCAAGAUGGCUAAACCCAGCAACUCUUCAGAACAUGAACUGUCAUCAUCUGUCAUCAUCUUAACUUUUAUAAUCAUAGGCACUGAAAGCUUUGUUGGUAUCAUCGUAAACAGUUUCAUCAUGGCUAUAAAUGUGACUGUAUGGGUUCAGAAAAAGGCCAUUUCCACCAGUGGACAGAUCCUCCUUUUCCUGAGUGCUUCCAGAAUAGCCCUUCAAAGCUUCAUGGUGCUAGACAUUAUCUCAGUCUGCACAUUCCCAGAUUCUUAUUUCAAAUGUGUCUUCAAUUACACAUUCAGAGUAUGUUUCAUGUUCUUAAACUGCUGUGGCCUCUGGUUCGCUGCUGUGCUCAGUUUCUAUUACUUUGUGAAGAUCUCCAACUUCUCCUGUCCACUUCUCCUCAAGCUGAAGUGGAGAAUUUCUGGAUUGAUUCCCUGGUUCCUGUGGCUGUCAGUGCUUAUUUCCUUCAGCAUCAGCAUGUCCUUCCCCAAAAUUGUCUGCACUGUGAGCUAUAACAGCUCUUUUACUUUCCACUACUCCAACUACACAAAGACUGGUAUGGUCACUCUGGCUAUUUUCUUUAACCUGGGGAUCUUCAUUCCACUGGCGAUUUUCAUCGUGACUGCCACUCUGCUGAUCAUCUCUCUCAAGAGACACACCCUACAGAUGAAAAACAGUGCCACUGGCUACAGGGACCCUAGUACCGUGGCUCAUGUGGAGGCCAUCAAAGCAAUCAGCUACUUUCUCAUCCUCUACAUUUUCAAUGCGGUUGCCCUGUUUCUCUUGCUGUCCUCCGUCUUUCCUCACGGUUUUCUCUGGACUGUUUCGCUCAAAAUCAUCAUAGCUGCCUAUCCAGCUGGCCACUCAAUUCUACUGAUUCAGGACAACCCUGGGUUAAGAAGAGCUUGGAGCAGCUUCAACCUCAAAUUCAUCUUUGUCCAAAAGAGUAGACUGUGA